AUGCCCCAAAGUAAAGAUCUGAAGCCUACUCAUUUUAUAAGCGUACCGUUGACCAGAUUGACAUCCAUUCGGCCACGUCUCAACCAGAUACGAGCGAAACUUAUCCAAGUCGAGAUAGACGGCAUCAAAGAGGAGGACUUCGUAAAAUCGACUAAGCUUCACUUCACAUUAGGACUGUUGCGCUUAUCUGAAACCACCAUACCCACGGCGAUCGCUCUGCUUGAUUCGCUCAAACCCGACAUCAUCAAAUUGCUAUCACAUAACAACCUUAUACAUAUGAACAAUCUGGGAUGCUUCCCUAAUGAGGAUAAUGCACGCGUCCUCUACUAUAGGCCGUCUGAGAACGGUAUUCUAGACAUAGUGUCGGGGAUUGUGAGGAAGAAAUUCAGAGAAGAGGGUUUGCUUAGCGAUACAGGUCCGCCUACUUUGCAUUGCACAAUUCUAAAAACAUCAAGCACGCAGAAGAAGCUGAAGAGGCCAAAUUUUUCCUACAGCAGCGUGCAAAAGUCUCUCGGAGAUUUGAACAUUGGUGGUCCAUACCCUUUUGAGCGCAUCGAAAUUGCCGCAGUCGGAACCACAACACCAGAAGGCUAUUACGCAGUCGAAGGUGGGAUAGCGCUGUGA